AUGUUAGCAACAACAGCACCAAACUCGUUAGUCAUGAACCCAACAUCUAUGUUAGUAGAGAUGAAAAGCUUCAUUCCUUCUUCAUAUACUUUCGAAACAGAAAUCCAGAAGAUAAAGCAAGAACUUCUCCAAGGAGAUUUAGACUGUAGUGCGAAAGAUGAAACAAAUGAACAAUAUCUUUAUGAAAUGCAGGAUAUUAUUGAACAUCUACCUAAACUUCCUGAAAUACAACAACAAAAGCUUACUAUUCCAGAAUUCGAUGAAAUAGAAGUGAAACCAACUGACUCAGUAGAAACCAAGAAGUUCAUACGUAAGGUAAACUAUGAGUUUCUUGGAUUUCAUUGCAACCACAAAGUCAUGGACAAAGACUGCGAUAUGGUAUAUAAGAAUGUUUCUGACAUAUACAAAUCUGAAGAAUUUAAGACCUACGACAACUUUGUUUCGUUAGUUGCAAAAUGUGUAUGGCAGAUAAGAGAUAAAGAUAAAAGAGGUAAAGUAUGGAACGAACAGAUAAAACCAGCAACUUUUGAGUUAAAGAAAACCAUUGACGCCUUAGUUGUUCUAGCUG